CUUUCACGAACGACAAAUCAGUCCCUUGUCGACAUCGCACGAUCAUUAGGAAGUAGGACAGUGCUCAUGUUUUAAUGUUUUAUUUAGAUAUCAGUUGAUGUUCAUACAUUUAAUGUAGCAUAAUAAUACAUGAAGAAAAUACACUUGUUGAUAAUUUCAUAUGUUUAAAUGAAAGGUAUUGGACGUAUGUAUUAAAUGUGAAAACAGUAAUUUUCAAAUCGAAAGUAGAAACCGCUUUAAACUCAAUUUCACAAUGGCCUCUAGAAUAUUUCGGGAUUCAAAUAGAGAUAACGCAGGCGACUUUAUUGGAGAAAGUACGGUGACACAAUCAUGUGAGCCAUGUAUGAAAACCAACAUAUCAAAAACUGCUACGGUUUUAUGUAAGGACUGCGAUGAGUUCUUGUGUGAUACGUGCAAAAAUCCACACACUGUUUAUAAACCAGGUCAGCAUAAGAUUAUCAAUUUACAGGACAAGAAAUCUGCGCUUGUAAUGAUAGACAUGAAAGGAAUGGACAAGUGUCAUGAGCAUGGACGAGAUAUAGAGUUUUUCUGCCAGGAUCAUUCUAAGCUGUGUUGCAGUUCAUGCGUUCUCAUUCACAGGAAAUGUGACCAAGUGGAUGAAAUAGCCAAAGUAUCCAUGCAAACACGACCAGAGCUUGCCGCAUUUAAACAAUCAUUGAUAAAAUUGCAAUCCGACGCUGACGCUAUUAUAGCAGAGUGUAAGCAGUCUGAGACUGUUUUAAAUGAGUCCAUUGCAAAAAUUUCUUCAGAGGUGGAUAAAAUGAAAGAUCGUAUCAUACAUCUGUUUGAAAACGCAAAGCAGAAAUUAAUUACUGAGGCAAACGAAUUUAAAACUGCAGAAGUCAAAAUAAUUGGGAAUAAACGAGACACCUCGUCGAAAGUAAAGGACGAAAUAAGUGAAGUGUUGUCGAUGUGUUGUAUCGUUUUAGAACGCGGAACACUCAGUCAACAGUAUAUUUAUUCGGAACAAAUGAAGGAAAAACGGAAAACAAUAGAAGCAAACAUAUAUGACCAAAGUAAGAUUAAAGUUGCACCAACAGUUACAGUGUCUUUUCCAAAAGAGCUGACUUCAUUCCUUGAGGUGGGAAGCAAUUUCAUACAACUGAAUUAUGAUGACGACCAGACAGGUGCGUCGCAUCGGGAACUAAACAUUAGAGAGGGUCGUCUCGUCUCAGGAGCGAGGCGUCUUAUUAUCUGGUGCAACACCCACAACCCAAAUAAAAUGUCUUCUUGUGCCAUACAAAUCUUCUACACACGAUAGUAUCGUAGUACAAGUAACAUUUGCAUUAUUAUAUUCAUGCCGUUCCCAAGACUUAAUAAGUCGUGGGAGCGAGGUAAGUAACUCUUGCGAACGACUUAGUAAGUCGUGGUCAAGACAUAGAUUGGAUAAAAUAUGUAAAUCGUUGAAACGAAAUAACUAAGUCGUGGUUACUACAUACUUAACCAAUCAGAAUUCACAAAACAUUGAAAAGCGCGAAUCUGUCCGAGAUAUUUCGUCCAAAUAUAUGUUAGCCUCACCUGCAGCAGCCAUUUUGAAACAUGGGUUAAACAACAUCUUGAUCUCAGCCUUAACAUCAACUAUGGCAAUGCCAAUGCGAAUCGGCUCGUCUAGGGCCGUCUCGUACAUAUUGAAUCCAUAUAUUGACGUAACUUUCUGUCGUCUAUAAACGAAUGCGUAAGAAUACUCUCCAUCCCCAUGCGCGAUGCUAUAGUCCGCGGAAGAAUUAAAUAAUUUCAAGUAUUAUUUCAAAGUCAUGUUUAUUAAGUGGUAACGUUAACGGUGUUUUAACUAAAAAAAAACACUGUUUGUAUUCAUGUUCCAGGGCCGUACCCAGGAUUUCUUGACUGGGGGGGCCCAACCGGGAAGGGUUUGGGAGGGUUCCCCCCUCCCUAUAUAUAUACUUUUUUUUAUGUGGCACUUUGUAAGGUGAAUUUUAAUGCUUAUAAAAACGAUGUUUUGUGAUAUGAAUUAAUCGAAUAUAACAAGUAAAUCAGCACAUUUCGGAAGUCUUAAGCUUUAAACAUUGGUGUGAAUUCACAACAAUAUUAAAAGCUUUUGAUUUCCGAAACUAACAGGUUUAAACUGACGAUUAUCCACAUCAAUUCUCGUAUUGCUUCCACCAUUUUUUUCACAAAUCAAUAAAGUCACAGGUUUUUUCUCUGAUUUUUUUGGGAAAGAUCUUGCCUUUCUUAAGCAAAAAAAUGCGCAAAACGCCUAAUUUUGGGGGGAAAUAAUGAAAGUCUUAAAUAAUCAAUUUAACAUACGUUACUGUUUUCAAACAAAUUCAAUGCAACAGAUACUUUAAUUAUACAAUAUUUUUCUACACUGGAUCAGGUUAACUACUAUAAUGAGAUCGAUUUGUUGUUUCAAUUUUCCUUUUUUUACCAAUGAGCCAUUAAUAGGUUGACAUUACUCAAUUCUCGGUACUUAAUUAUCAAUGCGGGGAAUCACGUUGUCAGAUUUGAUAAAAAAAUGGCAGCCGAUGCCUCGAUUCGAUGGAGAAAUUGAGUCUUCAAACAGGUACAUCUACCAUAUAACUUACUUGUUUUUAAUCGGAUAACGCCUAUCAUAGGGCCAGCCGGAACCGUUUUCCGCUGGUUGGUCUGAGCGUGGAGAUAACUCAUGGAAUAUUUCGCGAUUUCCUGACGGAAAACGUUUGAAGACUCAAUUUCUCCAUCGAAUCGAGGCAUCGGCGGCCAUUUUUUUUUGUCAAAUCUGACCACGUGAUUUCCCGCAUUGAAUUAUUUUAAAUACUGAAUUCUGCCAAAUUCUUAUCUGUUGCUCGGCAAAUUUAUGAAUCUGUUUUUCUUUUCAACAGACAUGUUAACUAUCUCAUCGUAAUCUUUUUCAGUGAUUUCCUUGCAAAAAUGAUAAAUACUAAGUUUUAAUACCUUUGUAGUGUUUUUGUUCCAGUUCAAAUUCAGGGCCCUAUCUCAAUGUAUAAAGUAUAUAUUGGGACCUAAAAAUUCCCAAAUAAAAGGUUUCCAA